GAGAGAGAAAGAAGAGCAAUAUCAGUGAACACAAUUGACACAGGAAGCCAAGAAAGAAGAGAACAAUGAAGAGGACAGGACCCCGGCUCGUCUCGCAAGCCCAUGGAGAUAGAGGAGGAGUAGUUGAUGCAGAAGCGAAGGAAGAAGAAGAAGAAGAAGAAAUAAAAGGAAACGAUGAUUAUGAUGUAGCAGAGAACUUCAAGUGCAUAAGCCUCCACAGGCAAGAUUUCUCUAAACGUGAGGAGAAGAGGUCGAUCGAGAAGUAUGGGCUAUGGAGGCAGGAGCAGAGGAUCAGAACCGCACGGAUGGAGAAACAGCUGAAGGCAACAUUGGUACUUCAGGAUUUGAUCGAAGAACAGGUCAGGCGAUUCAGUACUCCCUCCAACCGACCCAGGGUGCCCUCAAAGCUCGAGGAAGUGGCCGAACUCCUCAUGCCCAAGUGGAUGCCCCCAAUAGAGAUGGCCUCUCUGGUCUGGCUUGGUGAUUGGCGUCCCUCUGCAAUUCUCCAACUCCUCGGCUCCCUCGUCCGUUCAUCCUCUGCUUCAUGGUUGUUUGACCCAAAAAGCAAUGAACGAUUGCUUUCGGAACUCAUUCAUGAGACCCGCAUCGAUGAGGCCGUGCUGGACGAGGAGAUGGCCGAGAUCCAGAUCAACUGCAUCCUUCACCUCCCUUUCUUUGACCCAGCAGCCAAAAAUAGAAGCGCUGCUCUCGCUGCUGUUCAGUCGGAGUUCAAGAAGAUCGACCGGGUCAUUAGUAAGGCCCAGCAACUGAGGUACAAGACACUAGAUGUGGUGGUGACUAAACUGUUGAGCCAAACGGAUGCUGCUCAAUUCUUGAUGGCGUUAGCCGGGAUUCAAGAUACAGUCCACCAGUUUGCCGCCCACCAAAGGCUUCAGAAGGGUGCCGUUUCUAUGAUCAUCAAGGCCUCAGGGAAGUAGCAAGCAAAGCAGCAUGCACAGAGAUGACCAAG